GAAAAAGAGUAAUAAAGGAAGAAAGGUAAAGCACAGACGGAGUCACGGAGUGGUUGAGGAGAGAGAGAGAGAGAGAGAGAGAGAACUGAGAGAGAGAGAGAGAACUGUGUUCACACUCCAUUCCCCAUUACUUCUGGUCUCCCUCUUAUAAGUCUGUAUGUAGUCUCGUUUGCUGCUUAGAACGACCCAGGGUUUCCUUAACUCUCCCUCCAUGGAAGGAAAAGUGAGAGUAAUUACAUUUUCCUUCUUCCUCCUUGUCGUUUGCCUCUCAGGCGGUUCUGCAAAACCGCUUGAGUACCAAAACCUGGUAUUGGGUACUCUUCCGAGGCCUGCUACCCACAACAACGAUCUCUCAUGGAGCGAAUCUUCAACCUUAUCCGAACUUGAAAAUGCCGAAACUAGCAUUGAAACCACUCUAAGUGUACGCUUAGAACAUAGAGACGUUCUAGCCUUCAAUGCAACACCUGAAGCCCUCUUUGAGCUGAGGUUGGAGAGGGAUGUGGCUAGGGUUGAAACCCUGACGACCAUGGCAGCUGGUUCGAGAAAUGCCACCCGCGUUCCCCCAAAGGACUUCAGCAGCUCCAUCAUUUCCGGGCUAUCUCAAGGGAGCGGAGAGUACUUCACUAGGUUAGGUAUAGGCACUCCUCCCAGAUACCUCUACAUGGUGCUUGACACUGGCAGCGAUAUCGUUUGGAUCCAAUGUGCGCCUUGCCGUAAAUGUUACAACCAGGCCGAUCCCGUCUUCGAUCCUAAGAAAUCUGGCUCUUUUGCUGCUGUACCCUGUUCGUCGCCGCUCUGCAGGAGACUUGAUGCGUCGGGUUGUAGCCAGCAGCGGUUGUGCCUCUACCAGGUCUCCUACGGCGACGGAUCUUUCACCAUCGGUGAAUUCUCGACCGAGGUACUAACCUUUCGAGGGACUAAGGUGGGAAAUGUAGCGUUCGGAUGCGGCCAUGAUAACGAAGGACUGUUCGUCGGUGCUGCCGGGUUAUUUGGUCUCGGUAGAGGGGGACUGUCUUUCCCUUCUCAGACUGGGCGUCGUUUCGGUCGGAAAUUUUCGUAUUGCCUAGUCGAUCGCCAGUCGUCCAAGCCCUCGUCCGCUGUUUUUGGGGAAUCGUCCGUGCCAAGAUCGGCCGUAUUCACGCCUAUGCUUACGAAUCCCAAGCUCGACACGUUCUACUACAUUGAACUCACCGGAAUCAGUGUAGGCGGAGUGCUGGUGCCGGGUAUAUCAGCCUCCAUGUUCAGGCUUGACGCGGCUGGGAACGGUGGGGUUAUCAUCGAUUCCGGCACUUCUGUGACUCGGUUGACUCGCCCAGCUUACAUAGCGCUCCGUGACGCGUUCCGCGCGGGAGCACAGUUGAAGAGUGCGCCUGGAUUCUCGUUGUUCGACACGUGUUACGAUCUUUCUGGGAAGUCGGUGGUAAAGGUGCCAACGGUGGUGAUGCAUUUCGGGGGUGGAGCCAAUCUGGCAUUGCCGGCGGCGAAUUACCUGAUACCGGUAGAUAGUAACGCUACCUUCUGCUUCGCUUUUGCGGGAACAAGCGGUGGGUUAUCGAUUGUCGGCAAUAUACAACAACAAGGUUUCCGGGUUGUGUUCGAUGGUGCCGGUUCGCGGAUCGGGUUCUCUCCGAACGGGUGCGCGUGAUGUGGGGACUAAGGAGAGGGAGAAUUUUGUCUUUUUCUGUGGGAAAAAAAGAGAGAGAGGAGGGUUCAGGAUAAGGCUUUGCACAGUCAGCAGUUAUACUGCACUGUUUUACUGCGCUGUUGCGGCUAUGGUGUUGUAUUAACUAUUAAUCUACGUCAUAUUUACUCCGAUGGGUAAAUCUUAGUGCUGUACUCCGUGUAACAAAGUCUGGUUACAUCAAGAAAAACCUUUUUUUCUCUUAA